AUGUUUGAGUGCUUCGAUGAUGAAGAUGCAGAAGACACUCUCUCUCCACAACACACUCCCAUUACACGACUACGGAAAAGAAUUUUUGAUAAAGACAACGAGUAUCGGAAGCGAGCCUAUUUGACUUUGACGAGAUCGGCUUCUUCAUUAAGCCUCAAAAAAGUGAAUAUGACGUAUCUGACAUCGAUGUCAGCGAAGUCAAAGCGUCGAAUAUUCUUGAUUGGUCCGCUGAAGUUUAAGCUGGAGAUGGAACAUAGGGCUAUUAAAGAGAGGCAGGGCCGCCAUGUCCCGACGCCGAUGUUUUCGGCCUACUGGUGUUGGAGCAAGAGGGAAAAGUCAAUGGGGGAUGGUAAGGUCUUGACAGGGAAAUGUCGGGCCUCUACAGAGAUGGAGACUCAGAUAUGA